UGUGAUGUUGAUGGGGCUAUAUUGCUUGGACCACAUCAUUGCUGCUUGUAGAUGUUUUUUUUCUUUCUGGAUGUUAGAGGUGAAAAGGUGUCUGAGAAUUGAAUAGCUUGAUUGAAUGUGGCUGUGACUGACGUGGUGGCCUUCUGUUUUUGGAGUAUGAGCAUACAGGUUUGAGUUAUCACCUUUGUGCCCAAUCGCAUUUGGAGUCAGGGGAAAGAGGAUUCAACAAAAAAAAUCUAUUUCUAUAAAAACUGUAUCAAAGCCCCAUCCAUGAUUUUUUUUAACACAGCAAUGAAACUGAAAGCAACAUAAUUACCUGAAAAUCUUUCCUUCCCUCUCCGUUUCUCUCGUCACGUUGCUUGGGCGCAUCUGUCGCCUUGCAUUACAUUAAUGAAAAAUGUAAUGCAAGCGCAUGCGGGCUGCGUCCCUCUCUGUGUCACCCACCGCCACCCCACGCCAUUGAGUGGGAGGACACCCACCUCUCGACUCGAGUGAAAGGGUCAAUCACUCAUGCAUGGCCUCCUGUUUUCGUGCCCGCGCACUGCCAUGCUGGUCACGCUCUCCCUUCUCUCUUUCUCUUAUCUCAUUCGUUGCGCGCACUCCUCGCCCAGGACUCCUAACUGCCUGCCACCAUCCGUUCCUUUUAUCCCCCCCUCCUCCGCGCCAAGCCACGCUUUCAUCAUCAUUUAUUUAGUCGGUAAUGCUGCUUCUAUCCGACGUCACGCUUCGACUUCGCCAUCUCCGGCCUCCGCUUGUCGCUCCCCGGAGUGGUUUUCGGCCGCAGAGGAGAGGAGCGGCGGCUUUUCUGGAGAUGCGGGCGCCGGACUGCCACUGCCAGCGUUGUCAUGCACUUCAUUUGAGCUAAAAGGGGCCGAAGCAAGGAGCCCCUCCUUCGGGGGCUGCCCAGAGUAGCUUACGGCGAUGAACCUGCACUCAGGGCGGGCGGCUGUGGCCGUGAUGCGGAUGAUGGGCUGUAAUAACGGGCGCUUUGCGCGGCAUUUUCUCCACAGCGACUGCGUGGUCGAGGAGAAGACGGUGGUCUUGACCAAGAAGGAGAAUGAAGGCUUCGGCUUCGUGCUGCGAGGGGCCAAAGCGGACACGCCCAUCGAGGAGUUUACUCCCACCCCUGCCUUCCCAGCCCUCCAAUACCUGGAGUCGGUGGAUGAGGGAGGAGUGGCCUGGCAGGCGGGGCUUAGGACCGGGGACUUCCUCAUUGAGGUCAACCAGGAGAAUGUGGUGAAGGUGGGCCACAGGCAGGUGGUCAACAUGAUCCGUCAUGCAGGGAACAGCCUCAUCAUCAAAGUGGUAACGGUCAGCAGGAAUAUGGACCCUGAGGACACCGCACGCAAAAAAGCCCCCCCACCACCAAAGAGAGCCCCCACAACCGCCCUGUCUAUGCGCUCCAAGUCUAUGACCUCUGAACUGGAAGAACUAGUGGAAGUCAGUAAAGCCACACUAAGGAAAAAGAAAGGUGAUAAAGUGGACGAGGUGUCACCUUCCCAGAAUGCCGUGGACACGAAAGUGGCCACCAUUAAGCCACGCCCCUCCAGCCGCUGUUUGGUCACGCCUACUGACAUGAAUUCCAUGUACGACCGCCAGGGGGGUGUGGCAGUACCACCUACCAUGCCAGGCAGUCCUAGAGGGGGGGCAUUCCUGGGCAUACUUGCCAAGGGUGGCACCAUGAGGAGACAGAAGUCCAUAGGUAUAACAGAAGAGGAGAAGACGCUCCUCACCCCUCCCCCACUCAAGUUCACCCGCAGCCUCUCCAUGCCCGACACGUCCGAGGACAUUCCCCCUCCCCCGGCCAUCUCCCCCCCGUCUCCCCCCUCCUCCUUCAACUCUCCAUCCGUCUCCCCCACGCCACGGGGCUUAGGCACCAACCGACCGGGCCUCACCCUCAACUCCGCUGGAAAAUGUUCCAACACCACUAUCCUUGGCAACCGCACAGUAGAUGUAGGGACGCUAAGGCGAGGUUAUCACCGCCAGAGCUCAGAACAGUACGAUAGUAGAAGCAGAGGACGGGCACCCGUGCCCGAGAACCCAUACUCAGAGGUGGGCAACAAGGCGCUGUACGUGCCUGCCAAGCCGGCGAGGAGGAAGGGCAUGCUGGUCAAGCAGCCCAAUGUGGAGGACAGCCCAGAGAAGACCUGUUGUGCCCUGCCCUCAGACGCCAUUUCCAUGCCGACCACACCAACUGAGAGGACCUUCUCGUCCAUUCCCAUCCCCACCAUCAUCGUCAAGGAGCCGUCCACCAGUAGCAGUGGAAAGAGCAGCCAGGGCAGCAGUAUUGAGAUCGAGCCCACCACGCCCGAACACCCACCCUUAAUGCCCGGGGCAGGGGGCAGGGGACUGAGGCCUGAAGACCCCAUUGUCAACAACCCCUUCGCGGCUGCCAUCGCAGGGGCAGUGAGGGACCGGGAGAAGAGGCUGGAGGCGCUGAGGAACUCGCCCAGCUUCCGCUCCACCGACAUGGGGGAUGAGGACUUGGGAGACCAGGCCCCGUGCCUACUCCAGUCCAAGUCUAUCGACGAGGGGAUGUUCAGUAAUGACGAGCACCUGCAGAGGAUAAUGGCUCCCCCGCCGGCCUCCACCCUGCUGCGGUCACAAGAAGGGGGUGACCGUGGGGGUAACGUGACAGACUUCAACACCCCUGAGCCCACCCAGGUGGUGAGGGAGCCCCUGACCGCGCGUACCGGCCAGUACCCCAACUUGGACAGCCCCGUCAGUCUCCCGGCCACUCCACCCAAGACCUACAGCUCCAACGGAGGAAGGGACUACCUGCACCCCGUCACAGGUAAGGCCCUGGACCCUAACUCGCCCCUCGCCCUGGCGCUGGUGGCCCGGGAAAGAGCCAUUAAGGAGCAGACACAAACAACCAUGGCGACGCAAGCCCCACCCCCUUCUCAACCUCAACCGCUCCCCAAGAGCGAUGCCCCCCAGUCCCUCCCUCCCAACCCCCACAAAACUAGCCUCAAUCAGCCUCUCUUCAUCGAUACCAAACUCCGCUCCAACACCGAGGCAAGCUUCGCUACCUCCACGACAACUCUGGGGCGAGGCAGAGUGGUAGGGCUGAGGAGACAGAUGACGGAGCAGAAGUACGAGUCGGAUGGAGUGAGGGAGGAGAGGCAGCAGGCGGAGCAGGAUGGGAAGAGCAUACAGAUCGACGUUGUGGACACGUCACAACCGCAGAAAGCUGCCGGGCUGCUGAUGGUGCACACCAAAAACAGCCCAGAGGAGGAAGACAGGGGGCAGGAGAAUACACCAGCCCAGGACAACAGCAUCCCCAGUGAACUGAGAGACCCCAACCAGCCAAAACCCCCCACCAACAGCCACAGUUCCAUGCCCCUGCCCCCUGUGCCACGGGGGAAGAGCAUCACGGCUGGGGGGUCGGUGGACGAGCCAAUCAAGCUGCCCUUCCGCAUGCCCCCUCCCCCACUGGCCUCAGUGGACAUCGAGGAGGUGGAGGAGUUUGUCUUCUCCGAGCCCUUGCCGCCACCGUUGGAAUUCGCCAACAGCAUCGACAUCCCUGAGGACCAGGCAACGGCCAUCGCUGAGUUGCUCAAGCAACGAGACCAAGAGAGACGCAACGGUAUGGGGGACAGGGGGACAAAUCCACCCCCAUACUACACCCACACCCCGUCCCCUGUCGGCCAGUUCCGACGGGGAAGCGGGAUGUCCAAUUGCGUGCCCCCACCCUCCUAUCCCCCUCCGCCCCCCGACGGUGGCUUUGAGCAAGGUGUCACUGACUCAGGCAUCGAGGAGGUAGACAGUCGCAGCAGUGGAGACCCCCGUAUGGAGACUACCAGCACAAUUUCCACAGUUUCCAGCAUCUCUAUACUGUCGUCGGAGGGCGGGUACAACAGCGCCCUGGAGAACACUUCUAUGGUCUAUACUGAUGGCCAGGCUUACCUCGAUGACCGACCCCCCGUUCCCCCCAAGCCCAAAAACAAGCCCAUCAUCAACAAGAACACUGCACUUUACCACGACGUCCUCAUGGAGGAAUCGCUGGACUCCUUCGGGGCGCCCCCUCCUGUCCCUCCUCCUCCACCCGGGUCCAUGUCCCCCCCGAAUCUCCCCAGGACUCCCACCCAUCGGUCGUCCAAGCUGUGGGGCGAGCCCCCAGAGCUAAGGAGCCCACCCACGUCUGACCCCAAGGCCACGGUUAUCAACGAGUUGAGCUCCAUCUUAUCACAGAUGUACCGGCCCAAACCGGGGGACUCCUUCGACUCACCCACCACAGGGGCCAGGAGCAGCUUUGGAACUAGCGCUCCAGCCUCAGGAAGCCAACGGAACUCCAGCGUGUCCUUCAGCCUGCCCCCCUCCUCCUGCACCCCUCCUUCCAGCCUGCCCCCUCACCUCUGCAGCCCCCCGGACACCUCGUCCCUCUCCUCGCCCCCCUGCCCCUCCUCUUUACCCCACUCUGCCUCGCCCAGCCUCAGCGACCUCUUCGGCCUGCCCACCCCACCCAUGGGGAGUACAAGUGGCUUCGGCAGCAUGGGCGGUAGCCUUGGUGGAGGGUCCUCGUGCGGUGGCUCGCGCUCCCCCUCGCCACUGACCCUAAUGCAGGCCGUAGCCACCUCGGGCAAGCCCUUUGCCUCCAAGCCCGUGGAGCUGUGGAGCAAGCUGGACGUGGCCGACUGGCUGGACAGUCUGAAUUUGUCGGAGCAUAAAGACGCCUUCCUGGACAACGAGAUCGAGGGCGCCCACCUGCCCUCGCUGCAGAAAGAAGAUCUGAUUGACCUUGGGGUGACGCGGGUGGGCCACCGCAUGAACAUCGAGAGGGCCCUCAAAAUGCUGCAGGACAGAUAGAGCCAGGGGGUGUGGAUUUAUCUGAAACACUCUCUGUCCUACCUGUUCUCCUUUUCUGUCUGGGACGAUUUAGGAAUCGGCCUCUGACUCCUCCAUUCCUGCCUCGACUCUGUGGCGUGUUUGUGUUUGAUCAUUCCCAUUCUGCUUCCCGAGUAUCAGGGGAUGUCGGAAUCCUGAAGGAACUGCAUCAAUCCAGAAUGGAGAAAAAGUGGGGAAAAUCCUGUAUCCUUUUAGGGAUGCUCUUGUCACCACACUUUGGAAUAUUCUUGAAACGUAGCCCUCAAACACUUUGAAAUACUGAUAGAAAUCCAACCUGGACAUUUUUGGAAUACUAAAGACUACAACUCCCAAUUUGCUUUGGAAUACUCAAUACUUUUUCAAGCUCCCACAGUGCGGGUGUUUGAAACCAGCUGAGCUGGUUGGCGCUCCUUUUCUAUCUUUGCUAGAGUUUCUUCAGAGAAUAUUUCUUCACUAGAGUCAAACCGUGGGUUAUGUUUAUGGAUGCAUCUGACGUUGUAGAGACAUUUGAAAAACAUUAGAAACGAGAACCUUUGCAGAAAUGUUUAGCUUAAUCCUAAACCAUAUCACUCACACACACACACACACACACACACACACACACACACACACACACACACACACACACACACACACACACACACACACACACACACACACACACACACACACACACACACACACACACACACACACACACACACACACACACACACACACACACACACACACACACACACACACGGCGAUGGCCUUCUCCUGAGAGAAACAUAAUGAUGUGUUAGUCUUUUCUAAUGCAUGGCUGGAGGGGCUCUACUGUAGCAGGCACCACUGUCCCCUUCACAUCCCUGUUCACUGUGGAAGGUGUGUGUAUUUGCGUUUUGUCAGAGACAUGUUUGUGAGGUGUGUGUGCGCACGCUGUGGGAGGUUUGCUAAAUGGGUUUUUAGAAAGACAUGAGUGAGAGUGUAAGGCCUAGAUUCAAUCAAAUCAAGCGUUAAGCAGUGCUAGCCGACACCCGCAUAGCUGAUGUUUUGGCGGUGUCGGAGGUGUAACUGUGUUGGAGCUGUCAAAUCGGUGAUCAUUGUCACGAAGCCUCACCCAUUUAAUUAUUGUUUGAAGUUCAAAAAGAGAAAGUGUAUGCUAUAUAGAAAUCAUAUAGCACACAAUAAUACGUUCAAAUUGAAAAGCAUGAAACAAAAUAAUGAGGAUUUCUAUCAACCUAAUCAAGGUGUAGACUGCAUCUCACAUUCCGGUGUUCGAACUUGUAAACAGGGCUGCGUGGGGUUUAUCUUAAUGCGAUUCUGUGCAGCCAAUGGCAAUGUCUGUUUUAGGUAUAAUGCCAGGAGCCGCUUGUGGAUUUGACAGCUCUAACACAGUUCCACCUCCGACACUGCCAAAACAACCCUACGCUGGUGUUGGCUGGCGCGGAUCUGAUAUAAUCUAGCCCUAAGUGUUGGCGUCAUGUGUGUUUUCAUCGUCUUCCACACACUUGACAGUGACCUGGACAAGAGUGGAAUGCCAGACCCCUUACUCCCUAACCCCGAAUCAACCAGCCUCCCUUCAGGCCUAUGACAGAAAUAAUCCACCUAUCACAACAACAAUUUUCCUGCCAUAAUAUCACCAUCUCUCUCCUCUCUAUUCAGCCAUCUUUAAUCAUUUCUAAUCACUGAGUGAUUCCUUUCACAGAUCAAACAUUGUUUUUAUAUUAAUACCAGUGUGUGCUGUUGUGUUAUAGGUGAAGGUUAAAAACAAUUUGUUGGCAAUGAUUCUCGGCGAGUAUUUGAAGACAACCAUUUAAAGGAUGAGUGCAAAGUGGGUGUUACUUUGUGAUCUGUGUUAACAUAGGACACUGUGGGUGACUGUGUGCUUGUUUUUAGACAGCUAACUUAUACUGUGCAUUGCAGGGGCCAAGAAUACUAUAAAUAAUAUAAAUUCACUCAAAUCUGCUACCCAGACAUUCACACAAUCACCGAAGAGGAUUUUUUAUUUUUUUUAAUGUAUAGGAACAUUUACCAAGUUUGUGUAUAAUCAGUGUUUGCAUUGCCGAUGAAUCACAAAAUGUAUUUAUUGACAAGAAGAGGUCCUACCUGGUGUUUCCAGAGGGAAGAAAAGAGGUGUGACACAGCAGCACCAACUGAGCAGCUAUUAGAGGGGUAUGGUUUGAUCCAGCCAAUAAAGGCUUUCGAUGAUGCAUUUGGUCCCUGUUCAUUUGAGAAUGAGAGGGAGAGUCCUCCGUAACACUUUACUUAAGCCUGCAGGUAGAAGGCUUGCUUAUCAGAAGUUAUAAAGUAUUAUUACUACAGGCUUCCAGUAAAGUGUUUACGGAGUCCUUUUCUCAACACUAGGGAUGUGUUGAGAAAAGUAGAACAAGAUUAUCUUCCAAUCAAAGCUCCCAUCUGACCGCCAAUCAAUUGUCUCCAUCCUUUUUCAUGAAACAGCGUUAUGUCAAUGUACCCAGGAAGUGUUUGGUGGCAUUGAUUUGAAGUAAAUUGAAUAUAUUUGUUGUUUUGAAUGUGUAUUAAGGAAUGAUUUAAAGAAAAGAGUACAUCUACAGAAUAAUUAGAUGUAUAAUAUUUCUAAAUGGUUCAGAGAGAAUUUCUAUGAAAGACUAUGGCCAUUGCAUCCACCCUCAGAACUUAUUUUCACUCUAUCCCUGUUUUGUGUUUGGAUAGUGCCUCAAAUAGCUCAUUAUUCUCAACAUAGUGCCCCAUUCCUGCCCUUCUGCCUCUGAACUAGAUUAGAACUACCCCAGAAUGGACUGCAAAGAGAAGUGUGGAAGCCAUGUAUGCCACUGUACCCCGAUGACCUAUAUAUUAGAACAUAUCGCUAAAAAGUGAACCGUAUUUUGGUCGUCAUUCGAGGACAUAUCCCAUGAUUCGAUCAGUUCACAGUGAUGUUCUAUGAACAUAACCAUGAUUGUUUGGAUUGUGUGCAAUUUAGGGUCUCCUGUAGGGCAACAAAAAAAAGAAGCUACCUUGGUGAGAUUCCUUCUUCUGUCUCCCGGUCCCUGUGUGCAACUGUAUGGUAAUGAAGGGAAGACAAUGGGGAUGGGGGGGAAAAAAGGGAAUACCAGGCCGACAGAAAUAGAAGACUUGCAGGACACUGCUAUAAUCCAUUCAUUAUUUUAAAAAGAAUCAACAGAAGUGACAUAGAAAAAACAAGCACAGUAUUUUUUAUGAUUUAUAUAGAAUUCUAUGGGAUUUUAUAAAAAGACAUUUGGAGAAAAAUAUUCAACUCUGAAGUGUGGUUUGCCAAAAAGUGAAGAAAACAACUAUAUUAUAUAUAAAUAUAUAUUAAUAGAAAUGAAUAUCAGAUUUAUGAGGAAACUAAGAAGCAAUAUUUAUACUGAAUGGAUAUCCUUGGUUGUGGUUUUUUCCCCAGUUUUAAGAUGAACUAUCGUUAUAUAUUAUCACCUGAUGAUAUGAUGAACACUGAUAGAUGAAGUGGACAGAAGACAUUUGUCCAAUCAAAAUAUAUUUUAUAUACUAUCCUCUGGCCAUCACCUGCCUAUCUUGAAUAUUGUAAUUUUUUAACAAUUCCAAAUUGCUUAGUCUGUAUAAAAUGUGUGUAUAAAUGACUGAACCGCUUUACAUUUAUACAUAUCCUCACAGUCCACUGGAUUGAAAAUUGUCCCGAUGACACUUUUAUGCUCAACAUAUAUAGAAAUGUACAAAAAAAAAAGAUGAGUUGUGACUGUUGAUUUCAUGGAGAGAAAAAAAAAACAUAUCACUAAGCUAAUUUAUAUGUGGAAUAGUAGUAGUAUUAAGAUGCUAUACAAAUCAUUACUGUGUGACUAUAAGGCUAUGCUACAUAAGGACUGGCAUGGCUCACUAUCCCCCCCUACCAUCACAACGCAGUCCUUCACUUACCCAUCGGCAACUAUUUGGAUACUUUUCCUAUGUUCUCUUCUUCUUUUUUCUCUUCUCUUCUUUUAUUUUUCAUUCUACAUAAAUACCAAGACGUUUCCGUCUCUUUUGUGUGUAUUUGUGUUCGUGUUCUCUGUUGUAAUUCCUCAUCGACUAUCGAAUUAUCAAAAAUGAAAAAGAAAGAGAAGUUCCUUGUAACUGCACUCUUCCUUCCCCCAAAAUCCUCAAUACUUCUUGUAUGGCAACCAAAAGUUACUGUAAGAAAUAAAUAUAAUAUUUCACUA